AUGGGGGAGCCGGCUGGUGGUGCCGUGCUUCCCGCCGGGUGGUUCCCAGCCCCCGAGCUAACACCCACGCUGGGGCCUUUACGCGACCGAGCCUCGCGGCCGAACAACUGGAUGCUGUGGGCGAUGCCGCCGCCGCCGCCGCCGCCUUCGUCGCUUCCCGCAGCAGGGUCCGAGCCUGCCUUAGAGGCACAGCCCCGCGCGGAAGCCCGCACUUUCCCCGGGGCACCUCCCCCCUUCGACGCCCACAUUCUUCCCGGGGCGCAGCCCCCCUUUGACGCCCAGUCCCCCCUCGAUUCUCAGCCUCAACUCAACGGCCAGCCUUCGUGGAAUUUCCAGGCGUCAGCGUCACGGUACUGGACGCAGUCUCCCGGUGGUUUUCCUUGGCAUCAGCAGCCCCACAGCACUCCAGUUAAACAUACUUAUUUUCCACGAAAGCAUGAUGCAAGGGUCAAUGACUUCAGUGUCUCUCCCAGAAGAAAACAGAAAAAAAAGAAAAGAAAGGAACCCGUUUUUCACUAUUUUUGUGAUACCUGUGAUCGUGGUUUUAAAAAUCAAGAAAAGUAUGAUAAACAUAUGUCCGAACAUACAAAAUGCCCCGAGGUAGAUUGCUCUUUUAGUGCGCAUGAGAAGAUUGUCCAGUUCCAUUGGAGGAAUAUGCAUGCCCCUGGUAUGAAGAAAAUCAAGUUAGACACUCCAGAGGAGAUUGCAAGAUGGAGGGAAGAAAGAAGAAAAAACUACCCAACACUAGCUAAUAUUGAAAGGAAGAAAAAGUUAAAACUUGAAAAGGAAAAGAGAGGAGCGGUGUUGACGACGACACAGUAUGGCAAGAUGAAGGGGAUGACCAGACAUUCGCAGAUGGCAAAAAUCCAAAGUCCUGGCAAACAUCACAAAUGGAAAAAUGGCCAUUCUGAACAGAGAACAGCUGCUGGGUCAGGCAAUCAUUUGUGUGAUUUGAAGCCUGAAAGUCCACCUGAGGCAAAUUCAGACCCCCUCGGUGUUUUGGUAAACACUGAUUCUGAAUCUGACAAAGAGGAGAGACCACAGAGCGCUGUCAUACCCAAGGAGGUGACCCCAGCGCUGUGCUCCCUGAUGAGCAGCUAUGGCAGCCUCUCGGGGUCAGAGAGUGAGCCAGAAGAAGCUCCCAUCAAGACUGAAGCAGACAUUCUGGCAGAAGACCAGGUUCUUCACAGCAGUGCUCCUGAGAAACCAAGUCAAGAUGCUAACGCAGCUGUUAAAAAGUCCUCAGAAGCCAAGUGUGAGAGCCGAAGGAGAAGCUUUAAAAACACAAAUAAGAGGAAAAAAAAGGAUCUCAACUACCGAACAUUAUUUGAACCAAGAACACACCAUCCGUAUCUCCUGGAAAUGCUGUUAGCUCCGGACAUUCGACAUGAAAGAAAUGUGAUUUUGCAGUGUGUUCGGUACAUCAUCAAAAAAGACUUUUUUGGACUUAAUACUACUACUGUGAAAACUAAAGAUGAAUAG